AUGCGUUUCCUGGACUCUUCCAUAUUCAAAUCUACCACGAAUGAAGCUACUCUCGACGUUCAAUUUGUGCAGCAAAAUGGAGAUAAAUACCAUGAAGCUUUGGGAGCUAAAGCACAUUAUAAUGAAGUGACAACCUGGUUUGAGCCAACGCCAGACUCUGGAUAUAGUAACGCCGAAGACGAUCUGAGAGUCGCCCUUUAUGAAUACAAUGAAACAACCGAGGAGAAGUACAGACUAGAUCUUGUCUCCUAUACUAUCAAUGAUGUUCUUCUGGAGAUAGCCGAAGCAGACGGUCGAUAUAAGAAAAAGGAAAAGGGCAUAGCCGGUGCCCAUCGUUACGUAGGAAGAUUUGCAGGGGAUAAUGCGGAUGCUCUCCGUCCUUGGCUAGAGUUGAUUCCUAACGACAAUGGGAUGAGCGUCCUUGCCGGUGGGCUGAAAGCUAUUCUGAACGUAUGUGAGCCAAAGUAA